CAGGUAGUCAUGAUGCCGGUAAAAAUGGCACUUCUUCUGCUGCCAUUCCAGAAAGUCUGGAACGUGUGGAACUUUUAAAACCAUGUAAAACAUCAAGUCUGGACGUGGACGAGGAAGCGAUGGCAACAUCAGCAGCUGCAACCACUGCUGGAGAGAACAACAACCCAGAGCAGAAAGCCACUACGGAAGUAGAUGAAUCCGCAGUCCAUCCGGUAACACUUUUGAAGAUGAGAGAGGCCACGAGCACGACUUCGGUGGUGAAGAGCGUUUCAGUAACUUCCGCCAUGAGGAACGCGGGGUACAUUGGGUUCUACCAUCUUAUUGCAGACGAAGACUACGAGGUCAGGUUCUACCCUUCGAGUGUUGAUGGUGAGGACCUUGUAGUUGAUGCAGCAACAUCCUCUUCCUCCCGAAGUGGUCCUCCACCUGCAAAAAAUCAUUACACUUCCCUCCACCUCCGGACCCAAGCCCACUGUGAAGACCGGCCGCUCAAAAACGGGUAUUUGCCCGGGAAGGUCGUGUCGCAGUGGUUGUCUCUGUUCGGCAGUCAAAUUACGUACGGGACUUACGUUGGCUCGGAACACGCGUCUUUCAGCCAGUUCAAGAGACGGCGAGUCGAGGAACAAGCAGUGACGCGGGUGGAGCAGCAGGUUUCUGCCCAGAUGAACCCUAGUUCCAGAGGAGCCACGGGUAGUUGCGGUGGUAACAGUUCCUCGUCUUUUUCUCCUACCUCCUGGGGCAGGUACUUGCAAGAAGCGUACUUCGCGCACAACAACAACACGAGCAGUAGCAGUAGCAGAAUUUCACAGCUGGAAGACAAAGCCACCCCAGCUGCUGAGGAAAUCGAAAAGGAAAACGACACCAUCAACAUCGUGGAAAAUAACGACCCUUCGGACAGCGAUGUGCCCUACUUCUCCUCCGGGUCGGAGUACUACACCGCCUUGUCUUCCUCGGGGGAGGAGCGGGAGAACGAACCAAAAAGGCACGCAACCGAUCGGGAGGGAAAACGUAGUGACGAUCCAACAGGACAAGAAGCAACUGGCAUUACGGUCGAAAACCACCUCAAAAACGGAGGUACCACAGCAGCCGUCGCGAGAAGUGUCUCACCUCCUGUCGUUGCCUCUGGCGAGUCUGGCGUUCAAGGUAGUUCUAGCUCCACUUGUUCUCCCACCAGCACAUCAACCAGCAACGCCACUGUCUUGCGACAAGCGACCAAACCUGGCGGACACUUAGUAGACUGGAUCUACGAGGUGAAGGGCGAUUUUCUCUGGCUGGUCUUUCUGGACUCCGACCCAGAUCUCGUUCUCGAGCUCUACGCACUGGCCUGUUUCACGCUGCCGACGUUUUUGCCCCCGCCCACGUGCUUCGUGAUCAACCCGGAACAACGGUUCUGUAUUGAUUUAUUGCAACGACCAAAUAUCAAAGCAGACCUUUCUAGUGCAGCAGCCAAUGAGUCAGCAUUGGCACUGUGGGGAAAGUGCAAGAUGGUCCGGCGGUACGCGAAAGACCUGAGAAUCACGGUGAACAAACAGUUUUCCGCCUCCUUGAAAGCCUUGCAAAAGUACCACGCGGGCAAGGUCGUGGAAACAGACCAAAAGGUAUCUACUUCCGGGAAAACCGAAAACGAAAGUGAAGGAAGUGGAGGUGGAAGUAGUAGUGGGACCACUAGUACAACCGCAAGUAGUACUACAAAUGCAGGAUCAACACCGCCCACGUGGCUUAAUGACGAGCUGAUGGAUCUGCUGACGAAGUUUCAUCACGACGAACAAGAAAGAAAAAGAACCCCUAAUACAACUGGUCCUCCUGCCCCGGACGAUCUCGUGGAGCAGUGUGUUUUUGAGUUUUGGGAAAACGACGAGCUCGUGGCACUGUGUGCGGGUUUUGCCGUCGGGAAAGCGUACCACGACUACAGCAUGGCCACGCUGUAUGGAAGCGUCAGAAUCGAAAUCGUCAAAGUUGAAAUAGUUUUUGAUGCAUAAAAUGCAACGCAAAAAUUGCCUCUAUUGCAGAGGACGCAAGGGAUGCAGAUUGUAAGCCUGUUGAGGGGUAGGAAUUGAGCUGCUAAAGUAGCAUGACAAAAGGCGUCUUCCUUACCCAAACAGCAUUAGUUCUACACAAAUUUGUCAUGCGCAACCUGAAAACUAGGCGCCAACUGGUAUCCCUUUUAUGCAUCACAAAUUAUUUCAACUUUGAGGAUUUCGAUUCUGACACUCCCAUACGCUGAAGAGGGACAAGCGGUCCUUGGGCGCGAUUGCCAGCAAGGUGGUCGGGCACUUACUGCAGAAAACGGGGUUUGAAAUUUGGUACUGGGGCUGCAAAAUUGGCUACAUGAACGACUACGCCAAGUACGGGGGCCGCGACUUCGGACGAGCGGAGUUUAAGAAGCGGUGGUUGGAAGCGUCUUCGAAGUCGUUUUCGACGUAUAGUAGUAGUAGUAGUGCUGCCCCCGGUGUUGAGGAGUCUUCCUGUUCCUCUCAUCUUUCAUCUCGCGUACAGGAAGAGAGUUGCAGUUCGCUAGACGCCGUGAUGCGAGUCUUGAAGGCCGGGCAGGGGUUGGUGGCUCUGAAAGAGGAGGAUUCUGGGAUGAAGUAGGAUCGCGAUUUGAAAGUUUUCGACAAAAAAUAAAAACGCACAAAACACGAACAGAAAUAAUCACAUGAUAGUACGCAG